AUGAUGGAAACAUCUCUGCAGUUUCUGCUCUUCCUCCCAGUUGCUCUGACUGUGAGUCCCAGCAGAUCUCAGUUCUUUCAAUAUAAAUCUGUGUCUCUGAGCUGUGAGGAGAACAACAGCUCUGCUGGAUGGACUGUAUGGAGGAACACAACCAGAGGAACCAGGACUCAGUGUGGAGAUGGAUGGGGGAAACCAGCUGGAUCUACCUGUAACAUCAGCAGCCUCCUCCCAGCAGACAGUGGAGUUUACUGGUGUUUGUCCAGAGAGGGAGCAGCCAGCAGCAGCAUCCAGCUCACUGUCACUGGUGGAUCAGUGAUCCUGCAGAGUCCUGUCCUCCCUGUGAUGGAGGGAGAUGACGUCAUUCUGAGCUGUCUAACAAAGACCACUCCCUCCAACCUCCCAGCUGCUUUCUAUAAAGAUGGCUCCCUCAUCAGGACUGAGCCCAAAGGUCACAUGACCCUCCACCAUGUGACCAGCUCUGAUGAAGGCCUCUACAGGUGUUACAUCAGGGGUCAUGGAGAGUCUCCAUCCAGCUGGAUCUCUGUUGAAGAUAAACCACCAAACCCUGACCCCACCAGAAAUACUCCUCCUCCUCUUCCUCCACCUUCCCAGUCUCUUUUCUAUCUGCUCCUUUCUCUUCCAUCCAUCAUUGUUGUGGUUCCACUGCUGCUGGUUCUGGUUCUGAUGGUGAGACGAUGUGUUCGCAGAAGGUCUGAGGCUCCCAGUCAGCUGUGCUUCACUACUGUUCUCUACAAUGAGAUGGAAGAAGAAGAAGAUCUGAUGAUCUACACUCCUGGAGCCAUACUGUAAAAUAAUGUUGAGUUGUGCAUGAAAUCAGAUUGUUUUCAUUCGAUCUAAGAGGCCCUACUGCUUCCUUUAAUACAUUAUUAACAUCAUAAAGUCGCUUAUUUGGUCUGAUUUCUGCUCCUAUUAUUACCAAUGAAUUAAUAAAUAUGCUGGAAAAUAU